UACAUACUUGUAGAAUAUGUUUAUGUGAAGAAGAAUAAUGUAAAGAAAAUCCAUUUAUAAACCCAUGUAGUUGUAAAGGAUCGUGUGAAUAUAUGCAUGUUUCUUGUGUUAAAUUAUGGAUAGAAAGUAAAGUACAUAAGAAGGUUCUUCCUUUUGUAACUUCAUAUAAAUGGAAAAAUUUAGAAUGCGAAGUUUGUAAACUACCUUUACCAAAAACUAUAUAUAUAAAUAAUAAUAAAAUGAGUUUGAUUGAUAUUGAUAGGCCAUACUUACCUGAAUAAUCAUAUAUUAUUAUAGAAUCUAUUUCUAGAGAAAAGAGAGUUUCAAAAGGUUUACAUGUAAUAACAUAGAUAUUAUAGGAAGAUGUUGUUAAAUUUGGAAGAGGACAUUCUUGUGAAAUAAGAAUAACUGAUAUUUCAGUUAGUAGAUUCCAUUCAUUUAUAAAAUAUGAAGAUGAUUAGUUUUUAAUAUUUGAUAAUAAUUCUAAGUUCGGAACUUUAAUUAGAUUAGAUAAAAAUUAUCCGAUUUUAUAAGAUAAAGUGGCUAUUUAAGUUGGAAGAACAGUUAUGACUUUAGAGCUUUAAUAAACUGUUAUUUACACGAAUCCGAUUUAGAAUAAAGGCUUAGGUAAUUUAGGAUUAUAAAAUAAUAUAAAUAAUUAAUUUUUUAGAACUUCUUUAAAUAUUAAUAGUGCUAAUUUAAUUUAAAAUAAUAAAUAAAAUAAUAAUAAUAAUGUUUAAUAAUAAUAAUAAAAUAAAGGUAGUCUAGACUCGGCUGUUAAUGGAAAAAAUAAUAAAUAAACGAAAGUUAAUACAUUUAUUAUUAGUGCGGCUAAUAAUAUUAUAGGUAAUUAAUUAUAAAAUAAUGCUUAACGACAUUAAAAUAAUAUAAAUAAUAAUUAAGGAAAUAAUCAAAAUAUAAUACAUAAUAAAAACUUACUUUAAAAAAAUAAUAGAAAUUAAAGAAAUUGA